AUGGCUCCGAAGCCACCACCAUCGCUCUUCACAUGGCUGAUAUUACCGAUCAUUGUACUCAUCUUCCUCUACUCCACACUCCUCCCUCUCUAUACCCUUUCAUCAACCAAUUCGCAACCUCGAAAACCCAAAAUCCCAAUUUCACCCAAAUGCAAUCUCUUCGAAGGCCACUGGGUCACAGACACAAAUCAAAAACCCAUGUACGAUGAGACAUGCCCUUUCCACAGAAACGCCUGGAACUGUUUAAGGAACAAGAGAGACAACAUGAGUCUGAUCAAUUCUUGGAAAUGGGUCCCUGGAAAGUGUGAAUUGUCGAGGAUUGACCCUUUUGAGUUUCUGGGUCUGAUGAGGAACAAGAAUAUUGGGUUUGUUGGGGACUCUUUGAAUGAGAAUUUCUUGGUUUCGUUUCUGUGUAUUCUCAGGGUUGCUGAUGAGAGGGCAAAGAAGUGGAAGAGGAAGGGGGCUUGGAGAGGGGCUUAUUUUCCGAAAUUCAAUGUCACAGUUGCUUAUCAUCGAGCUGUAUUGCUUGCCAAAUACAAGUUGCAGCCAAAACAAUCAACUGUUUUUGAUCAAGAGGGAUUGAAUGGCAUACAUCGAGUAGAUAUUGAUGUUCCGUCAGAGGACUGGGCAGGCAUCAUUAAUUUUUAUGAUGUUCUGGUUUUCAAUACUGGCCACUGGUGGGGCUAUGAUAAAUUCCCAAAAGAAACACCUCUUGUUUUUUACAAGGCUGGGAAACCAAUACUUCCUCCCCUGGGGAUGUUGGAUGGACUUAAAGUUGUCCUUGACAAUAUGGUAGCUUACAUACAGAAAGAAUUCCCAAAAAAGACGAUCAAGUUCUGGAGGUUGCAAUCUCCAAGGCACUUUUAUGGUGGUGAGUGGAAUCAAAAUGGUAGCUGCUUGUUGAAUGAGCCCCUUGAGGAACACCAGUGGAAAGCCAGAACUUUUCUGGCAUGCCCUCCUAUACCUAUGUACUCCGUAUCUGUGUUGAAACCAAUACUGAUACCUGAACAGCUUGACUUGUGGUUUGAUCCCAGCAACAAUGGGGUGAACAAGGAAGCAAGACAACUGAAUAGUGUGAUUGAAGAGGCAUUGCGAGACACGGAUAUCAAAAUACUUGAUCUGACUCAUUUGAGUGAGUUUAGAGCAGAUGCUCAUCCAGCAAUUUGGUUGGGAAAGAAGGAUGCAGUGGCUGAAUGGGGUCAGGACUGCAUGCACUGGUGCCUACCGGGUGUUCCUGACACGUGGGUUGAUAUCUUGUCGCAGUUCAUCCGAUACAGCUUGGAGACAGGGUAA